GCGAGCCAUCCAGCAGCUGUAAAGCGCUUAGAGGCCGGAAUAACGACCUGCCUUGCGCUUUCCGGCUGUCGUGGGAGAGGCAUCUGGGCUCGGACAGGGGCCGCCAUGGGGAAGGUGAAUGUGGCCAAGUUGCGUUACAUGAGCCGAGAUGACUUCAGGGUCUUGACCGCGGUUGAAAUGGGCAUGAAGAACCAUGAAAUUGUUCCCAGCAGUUUGAUUGCUUCUAUAGCCAGCCUUAAACAUGGUGGCUGUAAUAAAAUUUUAAGAGAAUUAGUGAAACAUAAACUCAUAGCUUGGGAGUGUACCAAAACUGUCCAGGGCUAUCGGUUGACAAAUGCAGGAUAUGAUUACCUAGCUUUGAAAACACUUUCUUCUAGGCAAGUAGUUGAGUCUGUUGGAAACCAGAUGGGUGUUGGCAAAGAAUCAGAUAUUUACAUUGUUGCAAAUGAGGAAGGACAACAAUUUGCAUUAAAGCUUCACAGACUAGGAAGAACCUCGUUUCGAAAUUUGAAAAACAAACGUGAUUAUCAUAAACAUAGGCAUAAUGUGUCUUGGCUUUAUUUAUCGCGUCUCUCUGCCAUGAAGGAAUUUGCCUAUAUGAAGGCAUUGUAUGAGAGGAAAUUUCCAGUUCCAAAGCCAAUUGAUUACAAUCGUCAUGCAGUUGUCAUGGAACUCAUAAAUGGUUAUCCACUGUAAGUAUUCAUUAUUCUUAAAGCCAUGAAUGCUGAUAAAUGAAUUUAGGUUUCAGG